ACCCAUCGAACCCGAAGAGCGCUCACAAUCCCCGAUUCCGCAUCUCCACCCCCCCUCUCUCUCUCUCUCCCCUACCCAUCGCCAUGAUCGUACGGAGGUACGCACGGAGAAGCCGCUGCGGCGGCGGCGGGAGCGGCGACGGCGACUUCGUCGACCUCGACCCCGACUCCGGCGACGGCGCCGCCGGAGAAUUCGGCGACCUCCUCCCCAUCUCCCAGUCUCAAGAGAGCUCCCACUCCCACGAUCGGCCGCCGCCCCUCGGCGGCGCCUUCUCCUCCUCCCAGGACUCCUCGCCAUGGUCCCUCGACCCCGAUCUCCUCCUCCCCCUUCCUCCCAUCCCCGACGACCUCCUCCUCCUCCCCUCCUCCUCCUCCGAACCCCAGCAAAACCUAUCCAAGAGGGCGAGGAACCCCUAUGGCGACGACGGGGUCGACGCCCCGCGCUCCGCCUCGGCUUCGGUUUCGGCGUCGACGGCGACGCUGAUGGAGGCGCAGGAGUUCGGGGAGAUGAUGGAGCACGUGGACGAGGUCAAUUUCGCGCUCGACGGGCUCCGGCCGGGGCUUCCCACGCGGAUCCGGCAGGCGAGCCUGCUCUCCUUGAUGUCCAUCUGCGGCACGCCGCAGCAGCGGCGGCUCCUCCGCGCUCAGGGGAUGGCUAAGAGAAUAAUCGAUGCUAUUUUGGGUCUCAAGUUUGAUGAUAACCCAAGCACUGUUGCUGCAGCUGCAGUCUUCUAUGCUUUGGCAAGUGAUGUUGAGGAUGAUCAUUUACUGGAUUCACCAUCAUGUAUCCGUUUCCUUCUUAAGUUAUUAAACCCAUCUACAGAUAGUAUUGUUGAGGACAAGGCACCAACAAUUGGCUGCAGGCUUCUGGGAAUACGUAUGGCUCCAAUACCUAGUGGCACAAAUAAAGGAACUGAUUCUACUUCUAGACAAAUCUUUUCUAAAGUUCAGAAAAUUCUACAAAGUAGCAAAGAGAUAAAACUGUUGGAAGGAAAUGAUGACGGAACAGGGAGACUAGAAUUGAGCCCAAGGUGGAUAGCUUUAUUAACUAUGGAGAAAGCAUGCUUAUCUGCUGUAUCAUUUGAAGACACAUGUGACAUUGUGGGAAGGGUUGGAGGCAACUUCAAGGAAAGAUUGCGAGAACUUGGCGGUCUUGAUGUUAUCUUUAAUGUCUUAGUCAGUUGCUAUACUGCACUGGAGGGAUUGGUAAAAGAUAUCAGCCCUUCAAUUUCAGUAUUAAAAGAGGGAGUAUCUAUGCAAAGUGUGAUUCUUCUUUUGAAAUGCUUGAAGAUCAUGGAGAAUGCAACAUUCUUAAGCAAUAAUAAUCAGAAUCACUUACUGAGAAUGAAUACAAAAUUGGAAUCUAAUGGAUUACCGCAAUCUUUUGUUGGAGUCGUUCUCAGUACAAUCAAACUCUUAUCAGUUCUUGCAGACUCUUCCAACGUCUUCAGAAAUGGUGAGCCAGAAUCUUCUGAAAUUCAAUUAAAAAGAAAUAGAACAGAUAAAGAGCUUGGGCCUUCAUCUAUUGAUUAUGGUGGAUGCUAUAAUAUUGAUAGAGACUCCAUGAAAAAGAGCUCUUCACUUAGUCAUAAACGAAAAAAGUUGUUGGAUUCCCCAUCAGGAUUGGCAAUCAACGAUUCAGAAAUGACAGUUUAUUCUGGGAGUGAUAUUUCUUCUGGGAAAAAGAAUUUUGAUUGCACAUCAUCCAUUUCAUGCAAUGGCACUCUUAGUGGUCUGUUUCGAGACAGCUAUACAAAUGGUAAUGGUCUAAAGGCUAAAAUAAAUGCUAAUGGUGCAAAGGUUAAUGCUAUAAGAAGUGGAUGGAUUUCAAUAAAAGCUCGUGGUGUUGAAAAGAGUUCUAGUAGCUUGACUAAAAAACCCCGCAUGUCUGAAGACGUCAAGGAUGACUUCGAAAUAGACUCUUUUGACCCGUUUGCAUUUGAUGAGGGCGACACGGAACCCUCUAAGUGGGAGUUGCUAGCAAUGAAAAAUGAACCAACUCGCAGACAACGAAGAACGGUUGCAAAAAGAGAACUGGCUGAUGUAUGUGAGCUGCCAAUCGCAGUUGUAGAUCGUUCGUCAAGUCAAUUAACCAAUGAAGAGAAUCAUCUGUCAGGUGAACCUUCGUGUCCAUCUGGAAACGAAGAUACGAACCUUUUGGAGGACUGCCUUCUGACCUCAGUAAAGGUUCUUAUGAACUUAACGAAUGACAACCCUGUAGGCUGUCAGCAGAUUGCAGCUUGUGGCGGACUUGACACCAUGGUCUCCUUAAUUGUGCAACAUAUCCCAUCAUUUGACUUGUGCUUCCCCGAGAACUGUCAAUUUAAGGAAACUAUCAGUGCUUGUCAAAGUGAAUCUUCCAGCCAAAAUAUUAAAACCAGCCAUGUAAACAACAGACAUUUAAGUGACCAUGAAUUAGAUUUUCUUGUUGCUAUCCUGGGGUUGCUUGUGAACCUGGUGGAGAAGGAUAGUCAAAACAGAUUGCGCCUUGCAUCAGCCUGUGUUUCAGUGGAUCGACCUGGUCAGUUGGACUGCAAAGGGAUUACGAGGGAUGUGAUACCGUUGCUGUGCUCCAUAUUUUUGGCCAAUCAAGGUGCUCGAGAGGUUGCUGGAGAGGACAAAGAUACACUUUGUGAAGAUGAAGAUUACCUGUUGCAAGGAGAGCGAGAAGCUGAGAUGAUGAUUAUCGAGGCUUAUGCUGCUUUACUUCUUGCAUUUCUUUCAACAGAAAGUGUGAAGGUCCGUGAAGCCAUUGCCAGCUGCUUACCCAAUAACAACUUGCAAGUUCUUGUUCCUGUAUUGGAGAGAUUUGUGGCAUUUCAUCUGACUUUGAACAUGAUAUCACCAGAAACACACUCAGCUGUCAAAAAGGUAAUUGAAUCUUGUAAAGAACCUUGAAGAGUGAAGAGAUCCUGUACAGUUUUUUGAUCUCUGUCUCUGUUUUUCUCUCUCUCUCUCUCCCCAUCUCCUGCGCAUAUGAUGGAUAUGUCUCGAGUUUGAUGCUGCGAAAAGGAUUGGCUUUGCAGGCUCUCGCUGCUCAUAGAUGUUUCGCCUCUAUUACUUGCAUUGCCUCGGUGGCUAAUUACCGUGUGUUUUAUCUUGUCUUUUUCUUUUUUUUCUCCCCCUUUUCUUUUAUAUUAGCCUCUUCAGUUUUGUUCUUUUUUACAUUAUUUCUAUCUCUGGUCCAUCCAUCCCCACAGGUAGGCCAUCUAAUGUAGAAUAAUAUAAUAAUGUAGGAUAGUGCAGUGGAUUGUUUUCGUCUCUGUGCUGUAGUAUAUAGUAUAGUAUAGUAUACUAUGUUGGAGUUAAUAGUAUUUGUUGUACUAUGGGUUCUCUACCACAUUUACUGCAAUAUUGCUGAUGUCAAAAUCAAGAUAUUCGGAAGAUCAAUACAAAGCUGAGAAAUCUGUAUCCUUCUUUUUUGCUUUUCGCUUAUCAAUGUUGUAUGUGAGAACAAGCACUCUUUCUUUCUGGUAGUAAAGUAACUCUCUCAUAACGUUUAUGCUUA